ACAACAACAAAACAAUCGUUUGUAAACGUAAACAUUCUUCAAUCUUCAUUUUAUUAUUAUUAACGAAUAUUCAAGUAAUAAAUUUUUCAUUUAUAGUUAUUCAAUAUGUCUGAUGACGAAGUGGAAGCCUUCGACAUUACAGAUGAAGAUCUUAACCGGGCUUUUAACCCUGGUGCAAGAAGAUUUCGAGGAGGCAAUUCAAAGAAUCAACAAAUUUAUGGAAUGUGGGCAGAUGAUAGUGGGGAUGAAGGCCCCAGCCAACGAGCAGGAUUUAGCAAAUCUAAAAAGCCAAAGAAUUACAGUGCGCCAGUUAAUUUUGUUGCUGGUGGCGUACAUCAAGCAGGCAAGAAGAAAGAGAAGGAAAUUGAAAACAAAACAGAAGAAAAUGAUGAUGAACCUGAACGGAGAGUGGUCGAUUCCAGUGAAUCGAGUGAAGAAGAUGAACCAAGAGCUUCUUUCAGUAACCUGUCAAUGAAUAUCGAAGGAGAAAUAGCAGGCUUGCGGAGACAAAAGACUCAGUUCAACCCUGUUCUCGCCAAUAAAGGAGUUGGCAAAUGGGAACAACAUACAAAAGGCAUUGGGGCAAAACUGUUGCUUCAGAUGGGUUACCAACCUGGAAAAGGAUUGGGGAAGGACUUACAGGGUAUUCAGGCUCCUAUUGAAGCUAGUUUGAGAAAAGGAAGAGGUGCAAUUGGUGCUUAUGGCCCUGAAAAAGGCCAAAAGAUUGCUGACUUGGACGGUGAAAAGAAGAAGAAAGAAAAGGAGACUGUUAUAAGUGAUAAAGUCUCACAAUGGCGUAAAGAGGACGGCUCGAGUAAGAAACAGAAAGUACAAUAUGUGUACAAAAGUAUAGAAGACGUAUUGGAGGAGAGCAAGCAACCAGGGAGAAAGAAGAAAAGGGAAUUCAAUGAACUGAGCAAAGUGAAGGUGAUAGACAUGACGGGGCCUGAGCAGAGAGUGUUGUCCGGGUACCACGCCAUCUCUAGCGUACAGCGGCCCUCCGAGCAGUGGGAGAUACGCAAGGAUAAGAAGUUCACUAACUUUGAACUGCCUGAACUGCAGCACAACCUGAACCUGCUGGUGGAAAUGUGCGAGGAGGCUAUAGUAUCCAAUGACAGGAAGCUGCAGUAUGCUGAGAACCGUUGUGUAGCUCUGGAGGCGGAGGUGGAAACACUGACCAAACAGGAAAAGGAGGAGGCAAACACGAUAGAGGUGUUGGACAAGGUUAUGGCUGUUGUACAGAGGCUAGUGUCCGGGGCGGAAGACAACUCUAUAACACUACAGGAGGCGUCACUGGCCUUCCGGGAACUGCAGGAGAAGUACUACAUGGAGUACUGCAUAUAUGAGGUGUCGUCGCUGGCAGACACUGUGGUCAGGCCUCUGUUCAAGGACUACCUGUCAGCCUGGUCACCACUACAGGACCCAGCCCAGCCUGUGGAGGUGUUCAGACAAUGGCGGAGUAUCCUUGAGCAGGAUCAGACUCUGACAGUCUCGUCUACACAGGAUCCGUACCACAAACUGCUGUGGGACACUUGGAUACCAUGUGUCCGCAUUGCUGUCAGUGCUUGGCAGCCGAGAAAAUUUGAGACGAUGGUGGAGUUUGUUGAGACGUGGAAGCCGUUGGUGCCGUCGUGGACCAUGGACAAUGUGCUCCAACAGCUGAUCUUACCUAGGCUACAUCAGGAGGUGGAGGAGUGGAACCCUCUCACAGACACAAUACCAAUACAUACCUGGAUACACCCUUGGCUACCUCUGCUGGGCAAGUACCUAAACACUACGAUAUUCCCCAUGAUCCGCCACAAGCUGGCGGCUGCGUUGGUGUCGUGGCAUCCGUCGGACUGCUCGGCCAGGCUCAUGUUGAGGCCGUGGGUCGGGGCCUUCAGUAAGGGAGAGAUGGACGCUUUCCUCAUCAACAACAUCGUACCUAAACUGCACCUCACUUUACAGGAGUUUGUCAUCAACCCCCAUCAGCAGCAUUUAGACAACUGGAACUGGGUGAUGGAAUGGCAGGAACUACUCCCAUCACAUGUUCUUGCGUCUCUCUUGGACAAGAGCUUCUUUCCCAAGUGGCUACAGGUUCUCACUCUAUGGCUCAACCUCAAUCCCAACUAUGACCAGGUCACCAACUGGUACACAGGCUGGAAGAGUGUACUUCCCGAACCUCUGCUCAAUGAACCAGUAAUCAAAGAACACCUGAGAUCAGCUCUAGAGCUGAUGAACAGAUCAGUGGGAGGAGGUUCUGCGCCUCAACCUUCACAACAAGAAGCUGCUCAAGCCCAGGCCCGCUACCAGGGUUUGGUCGAGUGUAUCAAGACCACCCAGCAAGUACCACAGCAGUUUAAGGACCUCGUUCAGAAGCGUUGUGAAGAACUUGGCAUUGUUUGGAUGCCUCUACCUAACCGAUACCGAGAGGCUAAGCAGGUGUACAAGUGCGGCAAACUCCAAGUGUACAUCGACCGCAACGUCUUGUUUGUUUGCAACUCUGGCCAAUGGGAACCGACCUCUCUCAAUGCGCUGUUGGAAAUGGCUAUCUAAUUUGUAAACAUUUUCCCUUUUAUGUAUAUAUUCAAUUGUAACUACUAAAAUGGGUUCUUUUACCUUUUAUUCUUUUUGUUUUUUUAAUGUGUUUUUUAUUUUUUUUUAUGUGUUUCAGAAAGUUACGUAGCAUUCAAAAACUUUUUUAUAUAAAUUUUUUAUGUCUUCUUAGUGGUAAUUUAUUAUUGAACAAGUGAAAUUAAAAUAAAUUCAACCUGGUUUGAACUUUGAGUCUACUAUGAUGCCUGUCGAGCUUAUAUUUGAAAAAAGGCAAUCAGUUAUCCGUCAACUUUAGGUUGAACCAAAUACUUGUUAUGUAAAUAGUC